GGGGGCAGCACGUGUGGGGGAGACUUGUUGCCCCGGGAAACCAGGCGGAGAAACUUUGGUGGGGGGCUGAGGGGUGGUGGAGGAGCCCGAGUGAUCCUCAGUUCCGGGGGUGGCCCAAGCAGCAGCAGCGGCGGAGGAGGCAGCGGCGUCCCCAGUGCGGGCACCAGCUUCCCGCCGCCCGGAGUGAAGCUGGGCCGUGACAGCGGGAAGGUGACCACAGUGGUAGCCACUCUAGGCCAAGGCCCGGAGCGCUCCCAGGAGGUGGCGUACACAGACAUCAAAGUGAUUGGCAAUGGCUCAUUUGGGGUUGUGUACCAGGCACGGCUGGCAGAGACCAGGGAACUGGUAGCCAUCAAGAAGGUUCUCCAGGACAAGAGGUUCAAGAACCGAGAGCUGCAGAUUAUGCGGAAGCUGGACCACUGCAAUAUCGUGAGGCUGAGAUACUUUUUCUACUCCAGUGGGGAGAAGAAAGACGAGCUUUACUUAAAUCUGGUGCUGGAGUACGUGCCCGAGACAGUGUACCGGGUGGCCCGUCAUUUCACCAAGGCCAAGUUGACCAUCCCUAUCAUCUAUGUCAAGGUAUACAUGUACCAGCUCUUCCGGAGCUUGGCCUACAUCCACUCCCAGGGCGUGUGUCACCGUGACAUCAAACCCCAGAAUCUGCUGGUGGACCCUGACACGGCUGUCCUCAAGCUCUGUGAUUUUGGCAGUGCAAAGCAGCUGGUCCGGGGGGAGCCCAAUGUCUCCUACAUCUGUUCUCGCUACUAUCGUGCCCCCGAGCUGAUCUUUGGAGCCACUGAUUAUACCUCAUCUAUCGAUGUGUGGUCAGCUGGCUGCGUACUGGCCGAGCUCCUCCUGGGCCAGCCCAUCUUCCCUGGGGACAGUGGGGUAGACCAGCUGGUGGAGAUCAUCAAGGUGCUGGGAACACCAACCCGGGAGCAGAUCCGAGAGAUGAACCCCAACUACACGGAGUUCAAGUUCCCCCAGAUUAAAGCUCACCCUUGGACAAAGGUGUUCAAAUCUCGAACGCCACCUGAGGCCAUAGCGCUCUGCUCUAGCCUGCUGGAGUACACACCGUCCUCGAGGCUCUCCCCACUGGAAGCCUGUGCCCACAGCUUCUUUGAUGAACUGCGAUGUCACGGAAUCCAGCUCCCUAACAACCGCGCGCUUCCCCCCCUCUUCAAUUUCAGUCCUGGUGAACUCUCCAUCCAACCAUCUCUCAACGCCAUUCUUAUCCCUCCUCACUUGAGGUCCCCGGCGGGCACUGCCACCCUCACCCCACCCUCACAAGGUUUAAGUGAGGCUCAGACCGGCUCAGAAUGGCAGUCAGCCGAAGCCACAGCUCCCCUCACUAACUCCUCCUGAGGGCCCUGCCAACUACCCUUCCAUCUGGGAGCCCCAGGUGGGGCUGGGAAAGGGGGGCCAUAGCUCCUGCCCUGGCUGGGCCCCUAGACUAGAGGGCAGAGGUAAAUGAGUCCCUGUUCCCUCUUCCUGUUCCUUCCUCACCAGCCUCACCCCUAUGGUGGGCUUUUUAAGAGGAUUUGGUUGUGGGGAGGGAAGAGAAGGAAGGAUGGACGGGGUUGGGGGCAUGUGGACCUCCUAUCCCUUGUCCCCCUUCUCUCCCCCCAGACCGCCCUUCUCCAACCCACCCUCCCUUCCUGUGUCCCUUGUAAAUAGAACCAG